AUGCCGAGAAGGUCCGGGCGACGGGAUGCCUAUAUUUCGGGGGUUAUUGUAGCGAUUGACAGCACCUCCCGGGCGAAUGGACCCCGUGUUUCGGCGGAAACAAUGCGGUCCGUUCUCCACCUGUUGGCCGCGGCAGCGAUCGGCAGCGCCGUCGCCGUCGCCGUCGCGCACCCCCUAAACCCCCGACAAGGCGGCGGCGGCGGCAACACGACGAUCGAGUGCGCCCCGAUCCCCUCGCCGUUCCCGACCUGGCAGCAGCUCCCGCAGCAGUCGACGCUGCCGGACCCCUUCCUGCCGCUGCAGUACACCACCCCCGACAACGCGCAGGACGUCAUGGCGGGCCGGGGCGAGGGCCGGGUGCGGACGCCCGAGGAGUGGUACCAGUGCCGGCAGCCCGAGAUCGUGCGCAUGCUGCAGGAGUACCAGUACGGCUACUACCCGGACCACAGCCAGGAGACGGUCGAGGCUACGCGGAGCGGCAAUACGCUUAACAUUGCCGUGACCGCGGGGGGCAAGAGGGGCCAGUUCAGGGCCACCGUCACCCUGCCGUCGGGCGCGUCCGCGUCUAAGCCCGCGCCGGUGGUCAUCAACAUUGGUGGGAUGCAGAACCAGGCUUACCUGAGCGCGGGCAUUGCGGUGGCGCAGUUUGAUUACACCUCUGUGUCGCCCGAUAGCAAUGCGAAGACGGGGGCGUUCUGGAGCAUCUACAACGGGAGGGACAUUGGUGUGUUGACGGCAUGGGCGUGGGGUUUCCACCGCACCCUCGACGCCAUCAACAUGACGGUCCCCGAGAUCGACGCCGGCCGCGUGGGCGUGACGGGAUGUUCCAGGCUGGGCAAGGCGGCGCUCGCGGCGGGGCUCUUCGACACGCGCAUCACGCUCACGAUGCCCAUGUCCUCCGGGGUGCAGGGCAUGGGCCCGUACCGGUACUACACCAUGAGCGGGCAGGGCGAGAACCUCGAGAACAGCAAGCAGGGUGCCGGAUGGUGGACCAACAGCAAGCUGGGGGCGUUUGUCAACCACUCCGAGAACCUGCCGUACGACGCGCACACCAUCGCGGCGGCCAUCGCACCGAGGGCGCUGGUGAUCGACCAGGGAACGGGCGACCAGUUCGUCAACAGCAAGGGCACCGCCGUCGUCGUCUACCCGGCGGCCAAGGUGGUGUACGACUGGCUGGGAGCGGGUGACAAGAUCGCCAUUAGCGUGCGUGGGGGCGGGCAUUGUGAUAUGAGCGGAUUCACAUCCAUCUUGCCGUAUGUGCAAAAGAUCUUCUUUGGUACAGAGACGACCAAGGACUAUAACGACUUAGGGUCGUAUGGCUCGCCCGUGACGACCGCCUUCCCGUGGGGGACCGCUGUUCCUGGGGCAUGA